AUGUCAGAUUCUGAAGGAGGUAUACCCCUCAUUGAGGCGCAGUUUGACGUUGACGCUUCUUCCAAAAAGAGGAAAAGAGAAGCCGAGCCUGAGGCAACCAAGGACGACAAGAAAGCUGCCAAAAAAGCCAAGCGAAAGGAAAAGAAGAAGCAGAGAGCAAAGGCGAUAGAUGAAGAUGAUUUGGACCAGCAGUUGGGAGUGAACCACGCUUUCGAGCGCAUGGAUGGCCAGCUACUAGCAGACUACGUCAACGCGCGAACACGACUAUAUGGACAAGAUUUGAGCAGUGUAGAGCUCGAGGACAAGUUCAUUUCCGCACGCACAGUACAAGAUAGCACGAGCUGGAGCGAACCACGAACGACGGAUAAUCUACCAGCCUUUCUCAAGAAGCAGGCGGGUGCGCUACAACUGACGCCUUCCAAGCCGCCCGGAGCACCACAUACGAUUGUGGUGACUUUGUCUGGGAUUCGAGCGGCCGAUGUCUGCCGGACUCUGAAGGCGGGACUGCCCAAACAAGGAGUUCAAAAGCCGAAUGUCGCAAAGCUAUUUGCAAAGCAUCUCAAACUGGCGGAUCAGGUAUCGCAGUUGAAGAAGAGCAAAAUCGACUACGGAGUUGGAACGCCUGAUCGACUGGUGGCAUUGCUUGAGGAUGGGGCACUUUCCACGGCCAACCUGAAGCGAGUGGUGGUGGAUGUGUCUUAUAUUGACCAAAAGAAGCGUGGGAUUCUGGACAUGAAGGAGCUGCAUGAGGCGCUGAUGAAGCUGCUGCUGCGGAAGGAGCUGGUGGGGGAAGACAAGCAGGGAGGCGAUGGACUGUUUCUUUUCUACUAA